AUGAACAACGGGUUAUGUUCUCAAGCGUGUGUUGACACUUACGACAGUUAUUACUGCACGUGUGAUCCAGGGUUCGAUUUGGAAUUCAUCGCCAUGUCAACUCAACAAGCCAACUGUCCAAGAUCAGCCCAGUUGAGCACGAUAGCAAGUGACGUGGUUUUUAUAGUGGAUAGCAGCUACAAUGUUUGUCUCUCUAGUGUUACUUGCUCCUUGUAUACAAGAGAACUUCAGUUCGUCAAUAGAAUCAUUGAUUCCCUCAACGUCAACAACAACCAAAAAACACGCGUUGGACUGAUCACUUACGCAAGCAAUGCUAACAACAGAUUCUUCCUCAACGCUUACAGCGAUAUCACCUCCUUGAAAAACGGAAUUCUAAACACUGGAUUCCAAGGAACCCAAGGCACAAACCUUGCUGAAGCCAUACGCAACGCUAGGACUAAUUUUUUCAUAGAACAGAAUGGGGAUAGAGGUGGUGUCCAAAAUUUCAUUAUUAUUCUUUCAAAUAGCUUCCAAGCGCCGAGUGAUGUAACCAGCGCCGCUAACGAGGUGAUCACAGCUUACCAACAGGGCAUUAUAACGUUAGCCGCUAGUGUAUCUCAACGUGUGAGUGAUGCCAAUUUGAUCAGUCUGGCCAGCUACCCUCUUGCCCCAAAUCCUAGCUACUUCAAAAUUCCCGACCCUCCCACGCCCUUUGAUUCUGUCGCAGCGUUGAUGGCCAACCAAGUUUUGAGGAGUUCAGCUCUUAGCACGUGCGAUGGAAAAGUUUACGACAUAGUCUUCCUGAUCGAUGGCUACCAAUCUAACUGGAACAACUUCAGAACGUACCUGGCGAGAUUCGUUCGAGGCUUGGACAUAAGAUCGUCAGCAAGUCGAGUGGCAGUAGUCAUCUACACCGAUCAAGCUAGGCAGGCAAUCGGCCUCAACCAAUACCCAGACGAUAAAAAUGGACUCCUUAAUGCCAUUUUGAAUCUUCAAGCUCCGGCUAACUUCGCUUCGAGUUCUAACGCCGUCUCGGCUUUUGACUUUGCAAGGACUCAAGUUUUCACCAAUCAGAACGGAGAUCGAUCGGAUGUUGAAAAUAUUGUCAUCUUUUACGCUUUCAACCAAUACACUUCCUCACUACUGAGCCUUCAAACGGCCGCUCUUCAAAUCCAAAAAUCCUCUGGUGCCUACGUAUACGCCUACACAUCAACCUUCUCAAACUUGAACAAGAUGGAUUUGAAGUACGUUUCAUCACAUCCACACUUGGAGUACAAACAGUUUGGAGCCAUGGAUUGGGACUCAACCAGUGCUUUCGAUAACGUUGUACUCAGUGAUCUCUGUAAACCUUAUUAUGACUACUUUUGUAGAUGGACAGCCGGUGGCGGCUUCCAGUGCUUCUGUCCGCUCAACGACUGCGACACUGUUCCUUUGAAUGGCACCAAAUGUAUCGAUGUGAAUGAAUGUUCCAACAACAACGGCGGAUGCCAGCAGUUGUGUAGCAACACAUUCGGCUCCUUCUCAUGUUCGUGCAGCACCGGCUAUCGAUUGAGUAGCGACAAGAUGAGCUGCGAAGAUGUCAACGAGUGUUUAUCCGCUCCUUGCUUGGGCAAUACAAUUUGUGUCAACUCGUUCGGCUCCUUCUACUGCCUAAACAGAGAUAGCUUGUCAAGUGGGAAUGCAGCUCUAGAAGCUCCAUAUCAGUCCGGCGACCCAACAAGCGGCGCAGGUGGUUCAGGCAGCACGACCGCUGGAAUGAGCAACACGAGUGCGGUGGCGCUGACAGCUUCCAUUUCUUCGGUGCUGGCUUCCACGCUGGUCCUCAUCCUCGCCUUCUUCUCACGAAUGGCUUACAGACGCCACAAGCGUCAGAUGCGUGCGACGAAACGUGGACAGAUGCCAUCUUCCAUGUUCGAAAACUACGGUGCCUCUAUGAAGGAUACCAGCAGUUUGGGCUCCAUUCGUUCGAGGAACUUCAAUGCUGAUCGUGAUGUUGACUCUGUUGAUGGCUGA